CCGCCGGCCGCGGCGAGCGCGGGCCUGGGGGCGGGGCGGGGGCCCGCGGCGCAGUUCCGCCUGCGCGCGCCCACUCCUCCGGCAGCGCGGAGCCCGUCGGAAGAGGAAGGAACAAAAGGUCCGAGGCUCGGCUCGGACGGGGCGGGACCUGGCGCUCGGUGCAGGGUGUAUUUACCAGGCUGUUUUUGAGUGUGGAUUGCACCAUUGGUAAGAAAAUGUCGUCCAUCUUGCCAUUCACUCCGCCCGUGGUGAAGAGGCUUCUGGGAUGGAAAAAAUCAGCCAGUGGGUCUGGAGGAGCAGGUGGCGGAGAACAGAAUGGACAGGAAGAAAAGUGGUGUGAGAAAGCCGUGAAAAGUCUGGUGAAAAAGCUCAAGAAAACGGGACGAUUAGAUGAGCUUGAAAAAGCCAUCACCACACAGAACUGCAAUACUAAGUGUGUCACCAUCCCGAGCACUUGCUCUGAAAUUUGGGGACUGAGUACAGCAAAUACGGUAGAUCAGUGGGAUACAACAGGCCUUUACAGCUUCUCUGAACAAACCAGGUCUCUUGAUGGCCGUCUUCAGGUUUCGCAUCGGAAAGGAUUGCCACAUGUUAUAUAUUGCCGGUUAUGGCGCUGGCCAGACCUUCACAGUCAUCAUGAGCUCAAGGCAAUUGAAAACUGCGAAUAUGCUUUUAAUCUGAAAAAAGAUGAAGUGUGUGUAAAUCCUUACCACUACCAGAGAGUUGAGACACCAGUUUUACCUCCAGUAUUAGUGCCUCGGCACACAGAGAUCCUCACAGAACUGCCGCCUCUGGAUGACUAUGCCCACUCCAUUCCGGAAAACACUAAUUUCCCAGCAGGGAUCGAGCCGCAGAGUAAUUACAUCCCAGAAACGCCACCACCUGGAUAUAUCAGUGAAGAUGGAGAAACAAGUGAUCAACAGUUGAACCAAAGUAUGGACACAGGCUCCCCAGCUGAGCUGUCUCCUACCACUCUCUCGCCUGUCAAUCACAGCUUGGACUUGCAGCCAGUUACUUACUCAGAACCUGCAUUUUGGUGUUCAAUAGCGUAUUAUGAACUAAACCAGAGGGUUGGAGAGACCUUUCAUGCAUCACAGCCCUCGCUUACUGUAGAUGGCUUUACAGAUCCAUCAAACUCAGAGAGGUUCUGCUUAGGUUUGCUCUCCAACGUCAACCGAAAUGCUACUGUAGAAAUGACAAGAAGGCAUAUAGGAAGGGGAGUGCGCUUGUAUUACAUUGGUGGGGAAGUUUUUGCCGAGUGCCUAAGUGACAGUGCGAUCUUUGUGCAGAGCCCCAACUGUAACCAGAGGUACGGCUGGCACCCCGCCACCGUGUGCAAGAUUCCCCCAGGCUGCAACCUGAAGAUCUUCAACAACCAAGAAUUUGCUGCUCUUCUGGCGCAGUCAGUUAAUCAGGGUUUUGAAGCCGUUUAUCAGCUAACUCGAAUGUGCACCAUAAGAAUGAGUUUUGUGAAGGGGUGGGGAGCAGAGUACCGGAGACAGACAGUAACAAGUACUCCUUGCUGGAUUGAACUGCAUCUGAAUGGCCCUCUGCAGUGGUUGGACAAAGUAUUAACUCAGAUGGGAUCCCCUUCAGUGCGAUGCUCAAGCAUGUCAUAAAGACCAUCAUCAUUUGAGUCUACCGAAAGACUUCAUGUAACAACUCUUCUGUCAUAGUAUUUGUGUAUGAUCCCGUGGACUGUUUGCUAUCCAAAAAUUCCAGAGUGAAAACAGCACUUGAGGUCUCAUCAGUUAAAGCACCUUGUGGAAUCUGUUUCCUAUAUUUGAAUAUUAGAUGGGAAAAUUAGUGUCUAGAAAUGCCCUCCCCAAAGUGGGAAGAGAAGACUUGUUGGGCAUAAGACAGUGUCCCAAAGGUUAUUAAUUACAGUAGUAGUUGUGUAUACAGGUAAUGUAUCAAGACCCAGUAUUGCAGUGCUCUGCUGUCUGUAUCCAUUCUUAGUUGCAUAACUGAGGUGUGUGCUGCUUCUUGGUCUAGGCAAGCCUUUAUAAAGUUACAGUACCUAAUCUGUUAUUCCCACCUCGCCGUUAUUUUUGUGUCUUUUUUAAUAUAUAAUAUAUAUAUAUAUUAAGAUUUUCAAAUUAUCAUUUAGAAGCAGAUUUUCCUUGUAGAAACUAAUUUUUCUGCCUUUUACCAAAAAUAAACAAACUUGGGGGAAGAAAA